AUAUCCUUAGGUAUUCAAUACCCGCGCUCUCACCAGUCCUUCCACCUAUUUAUCAAAAUGACAACAUCUCUUCCGAUCAUCCUCGCCCUCUUGCUGCUAAACCACCCCGUCCCAGCCCAAACCGUCAAUAUCACUACGGCCGCCCAGACAGGCGAACGCGUAGGCUGGGUAUCCUCCCCUAACACCCGCAGCACCUCCGACAUCCUCUUCAGCUGCUUGUCCGUCUUCCUCCUGUGUUCCUGGAAAUGCGUGCAUAUGAAUGUCCCGACCAUCGAGGAGAGCGACGCCGGCUGGCUUCACCUAUGGGGCUGCCUCCCGUACUGGCCGACGGCGCCGCUUCGGCAGCUCUGGGCGCGGAGGGUGAGGUGGAUGGUGGUCAUUGCUAUUGCUCCGGAGAUUGGGGUCACCAUGGCAUAUGUGGAAUAUGCAAGUGCCCGGGAUCUGUUCAAGAAGUGCCGACAUCUGGGGUUUACUAUGUCGCAUGCGUUUUAUGCCUGUAUGGGUGGAUUUCGGUUUGCAAUUCCUCGAGAGCCCAAUCGUGAUGGCACUGGUGAUGAUGGUGGCAAUGGCGGCGAUGGUGGUGAUGGUGGAGACUCUGCGAAUGACAAGCCAGUAAAACAAGGGGCAGCGCCCGCAGAAGAUAUAGAGGGUAACGCAGUGUCAGGCGACGGCGUGGCCACAGGGCUAGACUAUUACUAUCCCUGGGGGGUUGGCUUUGAGGAACUGGAAGAAUUGGGACUCUUCCCCGCAACCAGCGAUCAUGAUCUCCAGAACCGCAGCUUGCCGGUUGUUAAGGAGCAGGACAUCCACAACGCUUCGACAUCCGACGCCCUCACCAAGGGCUUGGCCUGUCUGCAAUGCGGAUGGUUGGUUAUCCAAAGUAUCGCACGAGCCGCCACGGGAUUGCCCUUGACGGAACUCGAGCUCAUGACGCUGGCCUUUAUCUUCUGCGCCCUCAUCAUGUACGGCUUGUGGUGGAAUAAGCCAUUCGGGGUUCAACGCGCCACCGUCCUGCUCCCCUCCAACCCAGAGAAAGCCCGAGCGGUGCUGCCGGACAAAACUGCGUCUAAGCGGAGAUAUGAGCUACCACUUAGUACCUGGUUGCGAGCGUUUCCGUUUGUCGUGGUGAUUUUUUUCGAGCUGGAUAGGAAUAGUGCGCAGUCCGUGGUGUGCAAUCUAGCGUCCAUAGUCUUCUCCGGGUUCCAUCUCAUCGCCUGGAACUGGAAAUUUCCGUCGGACCGAGCUCAAAUGCUCUGGCGGAUCUUCAGUGUCGCUGGGACUGGCGCCCCGAUGAUCCUGACGACCCUCAUAACGAUACGGCCGCCAUCUCGCGAUACGGUUUUCCUUCGCAAAUCACCGUACCUGGUGGUGCUUGCGCUGACCGUGGUGUACACAAUCUCCCGAGUGGGCUUGUUCGUCCUGGUGUUUUAUUGUUUUUCUUCGAUGCCUGCCGCCGUCUAUGAAACCGUACAAUGGAGCGCCAUCUUUCCUCAUUUUUCCUGA